CCCAGCAACCCAUCCACACAGGCGCGGGGGCUCGGAGGCCAGGGCUGUAGAAUUUUCCUCCAAGAACGAGGUCGGGUCCGUACAAAUCUGAGCUCGACCCAUUCCGGUCGUGGAAGGUAUUGAAUUAUUCAUACUCAAUCCGACCCGAAUGCGGCGCUGAAACGAUUGUUACCGCCUUUCCCCCCGGUCAUGCUUUCACUCACGAAACGACUUCACGCCGUGGUGCCAUGCCUCGGCCGCGAUGGUUAUCAAUUCCGGUCUGCUCGACCCUACGCUAGAUGGCGGCCCAAGUCUCCGCCCCUUCCGUUACAGAAGGCGGAGGCGAAGUCUGAGUGGUGGAUAGUCGAUGGCGAAAUGCACGAGAUAGGCGAUAACGUGCCCUUGCGCGAGCGCUUUGUUAUUCCCAGAGAUAACAUCCCAAAUAAGCGUCGGAAGCAGCUGAGGGAGCAGUUCAUGCGUAGGACUCGCCUGGUUCUCAAGGAGUCGGAGCAUGAGCCUUGGUGCAAAAAGUACAUGGAGCUAUAUAAUGAACUAAGAGAAAAUUGGGAGAGACUUUAUUGGGAGGAGGGAUACUCUAAAAAAAUUGCUCAAGAUCAUGCAAACUAUGAGUCUGCUGAAGAUGAUGAUGAGGAUUUCUCCCCUUACAGGAAUAGGAGGCCUUAUAUGCAGCAUAGUCAGGACCAGAGUUUUGGAAGAAAUAGGCAAGGUGGUACCUGGGAAAAAGUUAACUUUAUUCGGGAUAAAUUUGAGUAUGACAGGGAGAGAAGAAUGAGAGAGAAAGCAUUUGCGCCCAUGCAUGGUGGAGCUAGGGCUGAUAUGCGUGAUGCAGAGUCCCGGAAUCAGCCACUAAAUGCUGAUCGAUAUUUUAGCCACAAUGAAAGGAGUUGAGAGGAGUCAUAUCAUAUUCUGCCUGUAAGAGGAAAAAAGCGGCUUGCAAUCCUUCCUGCUUCUUCACUGAUCAACCCUGCAAUCAAUACUUGUCGCUUAUCUGCUGCCCAAGUGACUUCUACAAGUUUCUGAUGAUUUGUUCGAAGUGCAAGAUGGGGAGAUUCCCAGGCCUUCCUCAAAAGGAGGAAAAACCAUGAUCUGAAAGGAAAUAUGAUAAAGACACCAAUCUUCUAAUUUAUAUCCUUUAUUGUCAUUAUUCUUGCGGUUAGAGAGAAUAACGCAAUAGAAUGUAAUGUGAGAUCUACUUUAUUUAUUUACUCAUAUGCUUUCUUUCCCUUCUACUUUUUUUCUAAAUGCAUUAUACGCCCUAAUUUUUAUGGUUGUAAGGGUCUAUUGCCAUAAUUGACAAUAUGAAUUUCUCGGCGUAAUUCUAAUGUUGAUAUAUUCCAUGCGGAAGUAUUGGGUUUUCUAAA